AAAGAGAGUUCGAGAAUAUUCGGAUGCUUUCCUUCCAUCCUUCCGUCCUUGUGGGGGAGGUAGAAAGAGAGUUGAUCAAAUAAAUAAAAUAAUCAUAGCUUGUGUUUCUCUCGUAGAAACAAAACAAUGGUGAUGAUCCAACCAGAAGAAGAAAACGAAGAGACCGUACUACAAAAUCUACCAGAACCUCAACCAACAGCUUCAACAUCAAAAACCACCACCAGCGACACCACCACAACAAAAGAGAACGGAAGCGACUCCGAUGGGUUUGAAACGGCAAGCGAGCGCGGAGUCAGCGACAACGAAGAAGAAGAUAUUGUCAAUAAGGGAAUCAACCCCGAAAACAACGCUGAGGAUCAUCAACAACAACAUACUCAAAACAACGCCGAAUUGAUUCAGAGAGGUGUAGAAGAAGGAAAUGAAGCAAAAUUGGAAGGCAAUAGAUUGUUUGGGAAUGGGCAGUAUGAGGAGGCAUUACUACAGUAUGAACUUGCUUUACAAGUUUCCCCACAGGACGUGCCAUCAUCCGUCGAGUUGUGUUCCAUUUGCCAUUUCAAUCGUGGCGUUUGCUUCUUGAAAUUGGGAAAAUACGAGGACACAAUCAAGGAAUGCUCAAGAGCGUUAGAAUUGAAUCCUUCUUACAUGAAAGCUCUUGUUAGAAGAGGAGAGGCUCAUGAAAAGCUCGAGCAUUUUGAGGAGGCUAUUGUUGAUAUGAAAAAAACCUUGGAAUUUGAUCCUUCAAAUGACCAAGCAAAGAAAACCAUUCGCCGCUUGGAGCCACUUGCUGCAGAAAAGCGAGAAAAGAUGAAGGAAGAGAUGAUUGGAAAGCUGAAAGAGAUGGGAAACUCUUUGCUAGGCCGCUUUGGCAUGAGCAUUGACAACUUCAAAGCUGUUCAAGAUCCGAAUACUGGUUCCUAUUCCAUUUCAUUCCAACGUUAGUUUCUGGCUCUGUCUGGUGCAACGAGGACAACAUCUUCAGCUCCUGGAAGAAAGAAUGAAGGCUGUCAGAUAAAAAGAUAGGAAAAACCAAUCCUAUACUUCAGAUUGUGUGCAGAAUCUAUGAAUACAAGUAGGACAAAGUUUAUAAAGGAGUAAGUGCAAGGGUUCUUUCUGUUCUCUUAAAGACAGUAUCAAGUGAUGAAGUUUCAUAUUUUGGCAGUGGAAGUUUACAUUUUAAAUCAUGUAUUGCUUGAUUUUGUGGUUGAAGUAAUUGCCAUCUUUCUCUCUCCGUUCAUUUUGUAACAGCGAAGCACAGAUCUACAGCACUCGGCGAUCUUAACUUUUAUGUGAUGAACGAACAUUGGUUAUUGCUUUGUAAA